CGAGGGAGAAUCCUGACGUGUGCAGUCUCGCAACAUGGCGGAAAAGGGCCAACCUCCUCUUUUACUGUUUCCUCCCAGUGAGGGUCUCGCUCCCCAAUUAGUACCAGUACCCGCAACGGCUUCUCUGUUUCCUACAGAGGAUGGUGAAGCUGAUAGUUUUCUUGGUCAAAGUGACACACCACCUACAGAUCUACAACAACCACAGCAGGGAAUGACCUUCCCGUUUCUUCAGCAACAGCCAUCACCACAACCUGAUCCAUUCACACAGCAGGUACCUUCAAUGCAACCACCUCCUGUUGAUCAGCCCCUUCCUCCUCCUCAAACACAGUACUAUUCACCGCAACAGUUUGCCUCUCCCCCUCCACCUCCGACUGGUGAGCAUCAACAGGAUCAGUCACUGUUUGGAUCCAGGCGGCCGCAAAGAGUAUUUGCCCAGACGCAGCCAACAAUUUCUCAGUCUACAGGAAGUCUGCCUCCCACUGCACCACCUCCAACCACAGGAUUUUCACAAAAACCAAUGUUUGAUCCAAGUAAACCGCCACCAACAUCGACCGAUUUUCAACAGAUGAGGAGUCCGGCGAUGGCUGAAUCACAGGGUGCCGUAGCUAGUGGAAGUCCGCAGGUUUAUACCCCAGUGCAGGGACAUUGGUUUUAUUCUAAACUAAUUGAACAGCGCUCAGUAUGGCUGCCUUUUACAAUGGCAGAUGCUUUAAAACUAGAAGACGCUCUCGCAACAGUUCAGCAGGAUCCUGAUGACUGUAUCAUACAGACUGAUGGUGGCCGAUACGAUGUUGACUUGCGUGCCCGUUUACGUAGCCCUGUCUACUGGGAAGAAGAAUCCACUGAAGUCAGACGAUGUACAUGGUUUUAUAAAGGUGAUGGCGACAACAGAUUCAUACCAUAUGAAGAAGCUUUUGCAGAAAAAUUAGAGCAAGAGUUUCAGUUUGCUGUUACAAACAAUGUCUGGCAUCGACGACUGGAAUUCCCAGAUGGUGAGACUGUUGUGAUGCAUAACCCCAAUGUUAUUGUCCAUUUCCGGCCAUCCACCCAGGCCGAUGAGUGGGGUGCAGCAACACAGGAUUCCAGUAUGAGACCUCGGGUGGUGAAACGUGGCAUGGAUGAUGAUGUUGGACAAGUAGAGGAAGGUGAACCUAACUUGAUAGACCAUGUGAUGUUUGUUGUACAUGGUAUCGGACCUGUGUGUGAUCUGAGAUUCAGAAGUAUAGUAGAAUGUGUUGAUGAUUUCCGUAGUGUAUCACUGUCUCUACUACAGUCUCAUUUUGGUCAUCAUCAGGAUGAAGGCAAGGUGGGACGAGUGGAAUUCUUACCUGUCAGUUGGCAUAGUGUUCUACAUGGAGAUGCUACUGGAGUAGACAGGCGAUUGAGGAAUAUCACACUACCAAGCAUUGGACGUCUUCGACAUUUCACCAAUGAUACGUUGUUAGACAUUCUCUUCUACAGUAGCCCUUUGUACUGCCAGACAGUCUCUGACAGAGUAGGUGGUGAAAUCAACAGGUUGUAUCAAUUAUUCAGAGAAAGAAACCCUGCAUUUUGUGGAAAGAUGUCUAUUAUUGGACAUAGUUUAGGUUCUCUCAUUUGCUUUGAUCUGUUAUCACAUCAACAUGACCCAAAUGCACCUGUGCACCUCCCAGAGGAGUCUCCACCUCAGGUACAAACGACAAGGAGUAUGCCAGACCUAGAGGCUGACUCUGUAGAUGCUUUAGAUGUCUCUGUGAAACCAGAACCACUGCCCAGUCUGGAGGAUUCACUCAAACAGUUAGGACUAAGUGAUUUUAUAGAUGCUUUUAAAAAAGAACAGAUCGACAUGGAAACAUUG